CGGACAUGCUUCUGCUGCUAUUGGCUCUGCUCUGGAGGAGGGAGGGGGCUGACGGCCAGAGGUGGCCCGAGAAGGGGGUCCAGAAAGUUUGCAGUCUGCAAGUGAAUGGCUCAGUGGCUGUGCAGGAGGGCCUGUGUGUGUUUGUGCCCUGCAACUUCUGGAACCCUGAGGACUGCAGGUCUGACUUAACCUCAGCUCUCGGCUACUGGUUCCGGAAAGGGGCCGUUGUACACCACGAUGCUCCAGUGGCCACAAACAACCCAGCUCGUAAAGUGCAGGAGGACACCCAGGGCCGAUUCCGCCUCCUCGGGGACCCCCGGGCCUACGACUGCUCCCUGGACAUCAGAGAUGCACAGAGAAGGGACGCGGGGACAUACUUCUUCAGGGUGGAGAGACAGUCUUCUGGCAGCUACAGUUAUAAACAGAACCUGCUUUCCGUGCAAGUGACAGCUCUCAACCACACACCUGACAUCCUCAUCCCGGGGACCCUGGAGUCUGGACACCCCAGGAACCUGACCUGCUCUGUGCCCUGGGCCUGUGAGAGGAGCACGCCGCCCAUCUUCUCCUGGACAUCAGCUGCCCUCACCUCCCUGGGCCCCAGGACUCACCUCUCCUCGGUGCUCACCCUCACCCCACGGCCCCAGGACCAUGGCAUGCCCCUCACCUGUCAGGUGACCUUGCCUGGGGCCAGAGUGACCACAGUGAAGACCAUCCACCUCAAUGUGUCCUACUCUCCGCAGAACUUGACAGUAACUGUCUCCCAAGGAAAUGGCACAGCACCCACAGCCCUGGAAAACGGCUCGUCUUUUUCAGUCCUGGAGGACCAGUCCCUGCACCUGGUCUGUGUUGUCAAUAGCAACCCCCCUGCCAGGCUGUGCUGGGCCCGGGGGAGCCAGACCCUGUGUUCCUCAAAUCCUUUGAACUCUGGGGUGCUGGAGCUGCUUCGAGUGCAGGAGAAAGAUGAAGGGGAAUUCACCUGCCAAGCUCAGAACCUGCUGGGCUCUCAGCACAUCUCCCUGAGGCUCUCCCUGCAGAGAAAAGCAUGGCCUUUUUCUGAGAGGCUGCUGGGGGCUGCUGGGGGAGCAGGUGUUAUGGCUCUAUUCUUCCUGUUUCUCUGCGUCAUCGUCAUCACGUGAGCACUGACCCUGGGGAUGGAGGGAUAGCCCUGGGGUGGAAAGGGCAGGCGGGCUCAGAAUGGAGGGACUUGGGUAGCUCAAGACCCUGAAGCAAGGGCAGGAAGGAGGUCGAUGGCACCUGGGUGAGUCUGGCACAGAGCUCUGGCCGCACUGUCGAGGAUGGGGAAGACUGCGUUCUCAACACUGGGGUCUCCAGAAAGGGACCACCGCUCUCCUACCUCCAUUACUC